AUGAAAGAACAAGAUGAGAUUCAAAAGGCUCACUGGAACACGAAACCGUUGAGUAUAUUUACUGCUUUUGUCUGGUCAAAAAGUGAAAAUUUUUCUUUUGCUCUACCAUCGUUCGAUGUAACACACGAUAAAUGUGUUGUUGAUUCCGCUUUGAAAAUCAUUUUAGAUUAUAUCAAAAUAGUUCUUCCAAAUGUUGAAGAAAUAAAAUGUUUUUCGGAUGGUGCUCCUUCUCAGUUGAAACAGCGCUUUCAUUUUCGAAAUUUAACACGAAUUGCUAAUGAACGAAAAAUAAAUAAUGCUCAUGGAAUAAUGAUUGAUCCUUUGAGAAAAAUCAGAACAAAUCCGACGUCAAUCGAUGCGGAUGAAUUUCCUAUUGCCAAACCAAUUUUACCUGGAAUAAACAAUAUCAAUAAUAAUUUGAUUCUGAAAAGUGGUGAUGGAACUGGUAGAACAAGCAAUGAAAAUAAUGUAUCCGGUGAACAACAGGCAAACAAUGCCUUUUACAAUUGUAUUGGUGGUAUACCGGAUAUUCCUGAACGAGGAAAACCAGUUCCGUUGGGUCUUGAUAUGGGCUUGUCACUCGAUAAACGAUCUGCUGGUGUCCCAAGCGCAGUUGGAAGGCAUAAUCUGAAUGAUGAGGAGCUGCGUACACAUGUUUAUAAAAAAACUUUACAAGCAUUGAUUUAUCCCAUAUCAUUGACAACUCCACAUGAUUUUGAAUUUUGUUCGUUUACUCAUCCAACAUAUUGUUACGAUUGUGAAGGCCUUCUAUGGGGUAUUGCUAGACAAGGUUUAAAAUGUCGAGAAUGUGGAUUGAAAUGUCAUGAAAAAUGCAAAAAUCUUUUCAAUGCUGAUUGUCUCCCACGUCGAGCACAGAAAAAUGCUAAACAUGGUGCCAAUGAUACAGCAACAAGUCUAAUAGAAGCUAUGCAUGAGAAAAUGACACUCCGGGAAAGUACAAGACCAGAUCUAUUUCAAACUAUUAGGUAA